AGUCUUCAUGAAAAGAGUAAUGAGCACAUUGAGCGAAGGCCCAGUAGCACGUCUUCUCAAGGAGAAGCUGUUCGCCGCGUUCCAGCCAAAACAUCUCGAAGUGGAAUGCGAGAGCCACCUGCACAACGUUCCAAAAGGAGCCGAGAAGCACUUCCGAGUGCAAGUUGUCAGUGAUGAGUUCGAGGGGAAACGUGUCAUCGAGAGACAUCGUCUUGUGAACACGUGUCUUGCCAAGGAGCUUGCCACGACUGUCCACGCGCUUCGAAUCGACGCUAUUCCAACCAGCAAGUGGGACGGACAGAAGCAAGAAGACAGUCCGACGUGCCGUGGUGGAUUUGGAAAAUAACAUGAUCAUUUUUGAAUUUUUUUUUCAUGUCAAAGUAUGAAAAAUAUAUAGAAGAAUAAAAAAGAAACAAGUAUUUAUUUAUUUUUUUUUAAUGAGAAAUAAAUCUUCAAAGUUAUC